CCCGGAUAAUGAAGUUCUAUGGAGAUAAAUUUUUUGGCGGAGGCGUCGGCGGAGGAAACACUGGCAUCCUCUUAGCAUCAUUCACCUCUGGAUCUAAUAUGGCACCUCUCAUGACCUUCAGUAACGCUGGCACUUACCCAGCACUCUACGGCUCCACACACUUUGAGGGUCUCACGUUCCACAACUUCCGUGACACCGACUGCGGGCGAGGCAUUGCUCUCAUGGUGAACCCUCAGUCAGAGGACGCCAACCACCCCGCAUUUGUCAAGGGUCUCUUGUUCCUCAACACACCACAGGAGAACUACAUGUACAUUCCUAGGCCUAACUUGAGCAGCAUUGAUCCGUCAGAGUGUGUGGAUACGGACUGUGAUGGACUAAAGAAGGUGGUGGUGACGGAUGUUGAUGGAUCUCUGCUGGGUGAAAAGGAUGCCACAGUAAUCUCUCAGGCUGACUGGGAGUGGGACGGAGAUCCUCGGAGGGGCAUUGGAGAUUACCGCAUUCCUCUUCCAAUCAGACAGAAUCCUGACAGAUCCCAGAUUGAGGCAGCUGACAAGUUUCCGAAUAAAGGCAUUGUCCGUGAUGCUUCCUGUGCUGUGGUUCCAUCGUGGCAGGCAUGGAAGUGCUUCUCGCUGCGUUGCCGCCUCAUGAUCAUUGAGAGCAUAGACACAGACACAGGGGUGCGGCGCCUCUCCCCCAUCGCCCUCAUUGCCAACCCUGGCCCCAGUGGGUACGUGGACCUCCUCCUCCUCUUCCUCCUAUACACGCCAUGGUUCAGACAUAUUUUUGUACAUGCGUUUAUCUUAUAUUAUUUUAUUUUACUUUAUUUUUUUGUUUAAUUUCUAUCCAGGCUCGUGUACUCGAUGCCUCAGCUCACGAGGUUCACAUUCACGCGCACGAGGCGGAGUGAGGUAGAGGUUCAUGAAGCUUCGAGUCAUUUUGUACUGGAAUGCGCCGUUAGUUUCAGUUAUGAGUCAUUAUUGCAGUAAUAUUGCACGUAGCUUCCUUCAUCUGAAUAUAUGCACAGUUUCUUCUCAUUCCUGUGGUGUUUUCAGAAUCGUUAUAUUCAUUCUUUCUUUCACUAAUUCUUUCAUUCAUUUGUUCUUUUUAUAUAUAUUUUUUUCAAUAUUCUGUACGUUCAUAUUAUUAUUUCAUUCUUUCUUUUGCUCGUUCGUUCGUUCAUUCAUUCAUUUAUUUAUUAUUUCGUUUGUUCAUUCACUGAUUCAUUCGUUGGCUUUCUUUUCAUUAUUUCUUACGUUCGUUCACUAUUUCAUUCUUUCGUUCGUUCGUUCAUGCAUUUAUUCUUUCAUUCAUUCACUGUGGCACAUU